AUGGCUGAGAAAAAUUGCAGAACCAGCUCAGACUCACCUAGCACGAGAGCUGCUUCCAAAAAGCCCGUGGCGCCCAGAAUUCCAGCCCACCAGGUCUAUGCCCUACCAGCCCCCAUCAGAACUUUUCCCUUGCCAAGCUUUUACCCGAGUAACCCGCUGUCUCUCGCGCAUCUCAUCUAUAUAUGGUUGAAGCAGACAGUCUUCGCCAGGCCACCAAAUGAACCCUCCAAGUUGUACCAGGGCGAGUGGUCGCCAGAGACCAGAUCCGUCAACAUCUCGGAUGCUGUCGACAUCAGAGCUCUGUGGGAACAAGGCUUCUUUGGAAAAGGAAGUCUGAGCCGCAGCGAGCCAAACUGGCUGAAGCGAGAGAUGAACCGCCGUGGUGUCGAUACCGUCAGUGUUGCAGAACAAAAUACAAACAAGAGAAGAGAGGAACGUCUUCGGGCCAAAUGGGAACGAGCAAGGCUAGAGCAGGAGCUUAUAGAACAGACUCGUCUUGAGGAAAGUCUAGCUGCUGCUGUCCUACCUGGCUCCCAUGUCCUGCAAGCCAUCGUCCCUCCAGUUGGCCCUCUUGAGCUCCUCCGGCUACCCAACUCGGCGUCGGAUCUGAAGGUCUUAACCUCGAUAACCAAUUUCACCAGCGGCCUAGCCAACGGCACAAGCGGGGCAUCCUGCGAUCUGGCUCCCUCGCCAGAAAAGCCUAAAGUCAAUGGUGCUCAAAAGUCCAAUGGUAGUGCACAUCCACCGUCACACAAGAUUGAAGGUCUGCAUCAUCUACUAAAGAAGCAGAAGAAUGUCCGGUUCUCUGGUGGGGUCGCAUCGACCACAUUUGAUGAAAAUGAUCCGCCUGGCCCUGGAGGUUCGCAGUCACAACUGCAGAAGGAUGCCGUGAAACCAUCACCAGUGCCCACUGGUGCAGGUCGUGACAUAUCGCACCGCGCGCCUCUUGACGAGACUCGAGACCUCGAGCACCUGCAGCUAUCUGCACAGGAAGCAUUCUAUCUUUCCUUUGCCAUCGGCACGCUGGCAGUCGUAGAUCCAAAAACGAAGGCAAAAAUGUCAAACCUGGAGCUUCUGCACCUAUUUGCCGAUCACUACUAUUUCCCACCGCGAUUGUCGGGCCGGGCAUCCUCUGAUCUGCGCACCGAUGACUCUUUCCUUGUUCAUUACGUUGUGUUCCACCACUUCCGAUCGCUUGGCUGGGUUCCUCGCGAGGGCGUCAAGUUCGGAGUCGACUUGCUCCUUUACCGGCGCGGACCUGUAUUUGAUCAUGCUGAAUUUGGCCUCGUGGUGCUCCCGUCUUAUUCACAUCCCGACUGGAACCUCGAGGAGCGCAAACACCCGCAGCAACAUCUAUCUUGGUUCUGGCUACAUGGAAUCCAACGGGUUCUUUCGCACGUGCUCAAAAGUCUGGUUCUUGUCUACGUAGACAUCCCACCGCCCUCAGCCGUCGACUUGGUGUCAGACCCAAAGAAGGGCAUUGCUGGCUUGCUGGAGCAGUACAAAGUGAGAGAAGUGAUGGCGCACGAAGACUUUGAUCGCGAGGAUGGGCAGUCGGUACUGGGGCGAUCACAGGAUUAG